AUGGAUACUCAAAACGCUCAGCAAUAUUUCGAGUGUGCUGUGUGCGGCGCCUCGGCGAAGGGCUUCCAUUUUGGAGCGUUCACGUGCGAAGGGUGCAAGUCCUUCUUCGGGCGUGCCUCUCUUCGCAAAGAGCGUGCUCUUUUCUGUCGUCUUGGUGGCGCGUGCAAUGUUCAGGGCGAGAACCGUACCGCUUGCAAGGCUUGUCGCUACGAGAAAUGUCUACGCGUCGGCAUGUCUCCAAUGAACUCGCGUUUCGGUCGUCGCUCGAAAUACUUCAAAGUCUCAGCGGCUUUGUCCUUUCCGCGAGCAGGGAUCACCAAGCUGGAGCACACGGUAGAGAAUGCGACAAAAAUUGAGUCGAAAUCUCGAAAAGCUUCGCAUGCAAAUGUCGACGAUCGCUCUCUGACUACUAUUGGGCCGAAUUUGAGCUCGAAUCUGGAGCUAGGCCUCGGAUUUGUUUAUCCUGGAAGUCACACUAGCUGCUCAUCGAUUUUCCCACCACUUUUCACAUACCAGCAUCAGUUGCAACUCUAUUUCGCUCGAUUGCUCUUAUCUUCAAUUUCGAUUUCAUCGAUUUCAUCGAUUUCACCGUUUUCACAAUUUGAAACCCUUUCG